AUGGCUGCCGUAUUCCGGAACUGGGCGCGUGUCGGCUUCAUAGAGGGCAUCUCUGGGCACAUCAGCGUCCGAGACCCAGAGUUUCCAGAAUACAUCUGGAUGAACCCUAUUGGGAAGCAUUUCGGGUUGAUGAAUGCCAACGACAUGCUCUGUAUCAGUAUUGCAAAUGGAGCAAUUGUUGGUGGGAAUAAAACUAGACCUGCAAACUCACCUGGUUUCUUCAUCCACUCCGAGAUCCACAAAGCUAGGCCAGACGUGCAUGCUAUCUGUCAUGCACACACAGUUGCUGGGCGCGCAUGGGCAGCGUUUGGACGACCAUUGGACAUGAUUACACAGGAUGUUUGUACCCUGUACGGGGCACUAGUGGCAAGCAAUGAUUACGGCGGAAUUGUCACUGCGGAGGAAGAAGGUCGACAGAUCGCGGCGAUGCUGGGAAGCAAAGGGAAGGCUGCCAUCUUGCUCAACCAUGGUCUUAUCACAGUGGGCUCGACGGUUGACGAGGCCUCGUUCCUUUUGGGGCUGGUAGAUCGGAGCUGUGAUAUCCAGUUGCGGGUGGAGUCUGCCUGUGCAGGCAACCCCACAUUGAACAAGCACAUCAUUCCUGACAGUCUAGCGAGGAGAAACAGUGACAUGGCAGGAGAGCGAAAUUGGUUAUACGAAGAGGCACAGCCAGACAUUGAAUAUGAGAUCGCGAUGGCUGGGGGGGCAAUCCAGGCGGGAUUGGAAGAUAUUAUGGUGGCCCCACCAUCUUCGACAUCACCAAGCACUCUAGUGUAA